AUGGCCCUUCGGUCUUCGCUGCUGACCUGCCUCUUCCUGCUAACCUCCGUUUCCUGUGAGUUCUUUGCCAGGGCGAAUUAUUCUAGGCGUUAUCCUUGUGACGAGAAAAAGCAAAACAACUCUGUGAUUGCAGAGUGCAACCACCGUCGCCUGCGAGAAGUUCCCAGAACCCUGAGCAAGUACGUGACUGAGCUGGACCUGUCGGAUAAUCUCAUCACACUCGUGACCAAUGAAUCGUUUCAGGGGUUACACAGUCUCACUAAAAUCAACCUUAAUCACAACACCAACAUCCAGCACCAAAAUGAAAACCCUGAGCUGAACAAGAACAGCAUGAACAUCACAGACGGGGCCUUUCUCAACCUCCAAAGCCUCGAGCAGCUACUGCUGGAAGACAACCAGUUAGACAAAGUCCCAGCGGGCUUGCCAGGGUCUUUGAGAGAACUUAGUCUCACUCAAAACAACAUCAUUUUCGUCACUAAGAAGAACAUGUCUGGGCUUACAAAUCUCCGCCGUCUCCUCUUGGACUGGAACUGCUAUUUUGGCAAUGCAUGCAAUAAAAGCGUCAUCGAAAACGGGACGUUUGAAAGGCUGACGCAGCUGAAGGUGCUGUCGCUCUCUUUUAACAACCUGCACUGCGUGCCGCCCCAACUGCCUCCCUCACUAAGAGAGCUUUAUCUCAGCAAUACCCAGAUCAAAAGCAUCGGCCUAGGAGACCUCAAGGGCCUGGAGAACUUACAUGUGCUCGAUUUAAGCGGGAACUGUCCGAGGUGCUUCAAUGCCCCGUUUCCAUGUAAACCCUGUGAAGGUGAUGCCUCCAUUCAGAUUCACCCCCUGGCUUUCCAGAGCCUGCAGAAGCUGCGCUACCUGAACCUGUCCAGCACAUCGCUGAGGAAGAUCCCGGCAAGCUGGUUUGACAAUAUGCCUUAUCUGAAGGUGCUGCAUCUCGAAUUCAAUUAUUUAGUGCAAGAAAUAGCAUCUGGGGAAUUUUUAACCAAACUGCCCUUCUUAGAAAUACUUGACUUGUCUUUUAACUACAGAAAGACGGCCUACCUGAGCCAUAUGACAAUGUCCCCAAAUUUCUCUAAUCUCACGUCUCUCCGAACUCUGCACUUAAGAGGCUAUGUGUUCCAGGAGCUCCGAAAAGAGGACUUCGGGCCCCUGAUGAGCCUGUCCUCCUUAAAGACCAUCAACCUGGGCAUCAACUUUAUCAAGCAAAUUGAUUUUAGUAUUUUCCAGCAUUUCCCCAACCUGACCAUCAUUUACCUGUCAGAAAACAGAAUAUCCCCCCUGGUGAAUGACACCCGGCCGGAGCAUGGGAACGGCUCCUCCUUCCAGAAUCACAUCCUGCAGCCACGCUCAGCGGGGGUGCCGUUUGACCCACACUCGAAUUUCUACCACCACACCAACCAUUUGAUAAAGCCCCAAUGCAUGGCCUACGGCAAAGCCUUGGAUUUAAGCCUCAACAGCAUUUUCUUCAUCGGGGAAAAACAGUUCGAAGCUUUCCGCGACAUCGCCUGCUUAAAUCUGUCCUCCAAUGGCAAUGGGCAGAUGCUCGACGGGACGCAGUUUGCAGCUGUGCCCCACAUCAAAUACUUGGAUCUGACGAACAACAGGCUGGACUUCGCUGACGACCGGGCGCUCAGCGAACUGCGAGAGCUCCAGGUGCUCGAUCUCAGCAACAACGCGCACUACUUCCGAAUCGCCGGCGUCACGCACCGCCUCGGCUUCAUUCAAAACCUGACACAGCUCAAGGUGCUCAACUUGAGCCGCAACAGCAUCUACACCCUGACAGAGUAUCAGCUGAGCAGCGUGUCCCUGCAAGAGCUGGUUUUCAGCGGCAACCGCCUGGACCUCCUGUGGAACGCGGACGACCGCAGGUACCGGCAGCUAUUCCAGUGUCUCAGGAACCUGAGCCGGCUCGACUUAGCCAGCAACAACCUACAGAAGAUCCCUGACGAGGCCUUCCUUAACUUGCCCCGCCACCUCACCGAGCUCUAUCUGAACGACAACAUUCUCAAUUUCUUGAACUGGUCGCUGCUGCAACACUUCCCGCAUCUCGACGUGCUCGACCUGAGCAGAAACCAGCUUUCCUUCCUGAGCAGCAGCCUGUCGAAAUUCACAUCUUCUCUUCGGACCCUGCUGCUGAGUCAAAACAGGAUUUCCCAGCUGCCCCCAGGCUUGCUUUCGGAAGCCAGCAGCCUGCGACACCUCGACUUAAGUUCCAACCUGCUGAAGAUGGUCAACAAGUCCACGGGCCAAAGCAAGGCCACCAGCCUGGCCGUGUUGGCGCUCGCCGGGAACCCCUUUGACUGUACCUGUGACAUCGGAGACUUCCGAAUCUGGAUAGACGAGAACCUGAACGUCACCAUCCCCCGGCUGACAGACGUCAUCUGCGCCAGUCCCGGCGACCAAAGAGGGAAGAGCGUCAUGAGCCUGGAGCUGACGACCUGUGUCUCAGACACCACCGCGGCCAUCCUCUGCCUCUUCACGUCUUUCGUCACCACCGUGGUCAUGCUGGCAGCCCUGGCUCACCACUGGUUCUACUGGGACGCCUGGUUUAUCUACCACAUGUGUCUAGCUAAGGUCAAAGGCUACCGGUCUCUCGCCACGUCGCAGACUUUCUACGACGCCUACGUCUCGUACGACACCAAAGACGCCUCCGUCACGGACUGGGUGAUCAAUGAGCUGCGCUUCCACCUGGAAGAAAGCGAAGACAAGAACGUGCUCCUGUGCUUACAGGAGAGGGACUGGGAUCCAGGGCUGGCCAUCAUCGACAACCUCGUGCAGAGCAUCAACCAAAGCAAGAAGACGAUCUUCGUCCUGACCAAAAACUAUGCGCGGAACUGGAACUUCAAGACCGCGUUCUACCUGGCUCUGCAGCGGCUCAUGGAUGAGAACAUGGACGUGAUCAUCUUCAUCCUGCUGGAGCCUGUGCUGCAGCACUCCCAGUACCUGCGGCUGCGGCAGCGCCUCUGCAAGAGCUCCAUCCUCCAGUGGCCCGACAACCCCAAGGCGGAAGGCUUGUUUUGGCAAAGUCUGAAGAACGUGGUCUUGACUGAAAAUGACUCACGCUACAACCGGCUGUACGUCGACUCCAUUAAGUAGUGCUCACUGCUCUGGCGGUGCUCACAGACCCAGACACAGGCAAAGCCCCCACCCCGCCGCCUCAG